GCCCGCCCGCUGGGAGCCGAGCGCGCCGCCGGGACCAGCCGGCCGUGCCGGGCGAGGAGCGCGGCCGGGAGCCGAGACCCGGAAUCCGGGCCCCGGCUGUAGGGGAGCGGCGCGCGGCGGGAGCGGAGCGGAGCACGGGGACCAUGAUGUCGACCUACAAGCGGGCCACGCUGGACGAGGAGGACCUGGUGGACUCGCUCUCCGAAGGCGACGUGUACCCCAACGGACUGCAGGUGAACUUCCGCAGCCCUCGGAGCAGCCAGAGGUGCUGGGCCGCGCGGACACAGGUGGAGAAGCGGCUGUUGGUGCUGGUGGCACUUCUGGUGGCCGGGCUGGUGGCCUGCUUGGCAGCGCUGGGCAUCCAGUUCCGGACAAGGGACCCCCCGGUGUGCCUGAGCGAGGCCUGCAUCUCGGUCACCAGUUCCAUCUUGAGCUCAAUGGACCCCACAGCAGACCCCUGCCAGGACUUCUUCACCUAUGCCUGUGGCGGCUGGAUCAAGGCCAACCCCGUGCCUGAUGGCCACUCGCGCUGGGGGACCUUCAGCAACCUCUGGGAGCACAAUCAGGCCAUCAUCAAGUACCUCCUCGAGAACUCCACGGCCAGCGCGAGCGAGGCAGAGAGGAAGGCCCAGGUCUACUACCAAGCGUGUAUGAACGAGACCAGGAUCGAGGAGCUCAGGGCCAAGCCCCUGAUGGAGCUGAUUGAGAAGCUUGGGGGCUGGAACAUCACAGGUCCCUGGGACAAGGACAACUUCCAGGACACCCUGCAGGUGGUCACCUCCCACUACCGUACCUCACCCUUCUUUUCCGUCUAUGUCAGCGCCGACUCCAAGAACUCCAACAGCAACGUGAUCCAGGUGGACCAGUCUGGCUUGGGCUUACCCUCAAGAGACUACUACCUGAACAAAACCGAAAAUGAGAAGGUGCUGACCGGUUACCUGAACUACAUGGUCCAGCUGGGGAAGCUGUUGGGCGGGGGCGAUGAGGACGCCAUCCGGCCCCAGAUGCAGCAGGUCCUGGACUUUGAGACGGCGCUGGCCAACAUCACCAUCCCCCAGGAGAAGCGCCGGGACGAGGAGCUCAUCUACCACAAGGUGACAGCGGCCGAGCUGCAGACCUUGGCCCCUGCCAUCAACUGGCUGCCUUUUCUCAACACCAUCUUCUAUCCUGUGGAGAUCAACGACUCCGAGCCCGUCGUGGUCUACGACAAAGAGUACCUCAUGCAGGUCUCCAUGCUCAUCAACAACACCGACAAGUGCCUGCUGAACAACUACAUGAUCUGGAACCUGGUGAGGAAAACAAGUUCCUUCCUCGAUCAGCGCUUUCAGGACGCUGAUGAGAAGUUCAUGGAAGUCAUGUACGGGACCAAGAAGACCUGUCUUCCUCGCUGGAAGUUUUGUGUGAGUGACACAGAAAACAACCUGGGAUUUGCCCUGGGCCCCAUGUUUGUCAAAGCCACCUUCGCCGAGGACAGCAAGACCAUAGCCAGCGAGAUAAUCUUGGAGAUUAAGAAGGCAUUUGAGGAAAGCCUGAGCACCUUGAAGUGGAUGGAUGAAGACACUCGGAAGUUGGCCAAGGAAAAGGCAGACGCAAUCUACAACAUGAUAGGCUACCCCAACUUUAUCAUGGACCCCAAGGAGCUGGACAAAGUGUUCAACGAUUACACUGCAGUUCCAGACCUCUACUUUGAGAAUGCCAUGCGGUUUUUCAACUUCUCAUGGAGAGUCACUGCCGACCAGCUCAGGAAAGCCCCGAACCGGGAUCAGUGGAGUAUGACCCCACCCAUGGUGAACGCUUACUACUCGCCCACCAAGAACGAGAUCGUGUUUCCAGCCGGGAUCCUGCAGGCUCCGUUCUACACCCGCUCGUCACCCAAGGCCUUGAACUUCGGUGGCAUCGGCGUCGUUGUGGGGCAUGAGCUGACCCAUGCUUUUGACGAUCAAGGACGGGAGUACGACAAGGACGGGAACCUCCGGCCCUGGUGGAAGAACUCGUCCGUGGAGGCGUUCAAGCAGCAGACAGAGUGCAUGGUGGAGCAGUACAGCAACUACAGCGUGAACGGGGAGCCGGUGAACGGGCGGCACACCCUCGGGGAGAACAUCGCCGACAACGGGGGCCUCAAGGCAGCCUAUCGGGCUUACCAGAACUGGGUGAAGAAGAAUGGGCCUGAGCAGACAUUGCCCACCCUGGGCCUCACCAAUAACCAGCUCUUCUUCCUGGGGUUUGCACAGGUCUGGUGUUCUGUCCGCACGCCCGAGAGCUCCCACGAAGGCCUCAUCACAGACCCUCACAGCCCCUCCCGCUUCCGGGUCAUCGGCUCCAUCUCCAACUCCAAGGACUUCUCAGAACACUUCCACUGCCCGCUCGGCUCACCCAUGAACCCUCGUCACAAAUGUGAAGUCUGGUAAGGGGCAGAGCACAAAGCCAAGAAGGAGGAAGGAAAGGGGCCGAGGACGAGCUCCCAGGCUGGGGCUCAGAAGUCUGCCCUCUCCGUCCAAUGCCCAGGACAUCGCCCAGCCCCCUUGGCCAGCCAGGGCACCCCUUCCCUGCACUGGAGGGUUUUCAGCCAGAACCGAGCCUGCGCGGUGGGUUCUCUGCACACUCCGAGGUUUGGUUCCCUGCAGAAACCCUGUCGUCCCAGCACACGCAUGUCGACUCUGACGGGCAUUUGGGUGUCAGGCUGGUUGCUCACCAGGCCUGGGCCCCAGUCCACUUCCCGUGCCAGAUAUGCCACAAACACCACUGUGUCAAAUGCUUUAAAGAUAUAUUUUUGGGGAAACUAUUUUUUAAACGUGGAAUACACUGGAAGUCUUCAGGGAAAAAAAAAAUGCAUUUCACACACUUUUUUUUUAAGGAAAGGAUUAAUGUAUUUAUUAUGUUCCAUUUUUCUAAAUAGCCUGUGGACAAGGGAAGCCCCUGUGGACAGAGAAGCCCCUCCUCUGUCUUCUCUCACUCCAGGCUUGGCUGAGACAGCCAUUCCCAGGCCCCUGGCAGGUCCCCAAGUCUGAGAGCCCCCACAGCCCUUGGGAUAUGCAAUUUCAGCCCCCUGGGCAGAGAGGAGGGGCAGGGAGCAGCCCUUGGAGGCCCAGCUCAUUGACACCACCCCCUCAGCUUGCCUGCCCGACAGUCGGGACCCCAGCAAGGAAGCUCUGAUCCCCAGAGUCACAGCAGGAAUGGCAGAGUGAGGCCAGGCCAGGGCCUUGAACCCAAGCUGGGGGCACCUGAGCACCCUGGACCCAGGCCACUGGAGCCCUGGGGGGGCUGCAGCUCCCCUGCAGGUGUGCACGGCUCUGCUCCAGGUGUCCUCUUUCUGGUCCUUCUCCUGUGGGUACCCCACCUCUUCCCGGGGGCCUGCACCUUUUCUGCCGCAAUCCCCCUUCCCAGCCACCUUCGGGUCUGCCUUGCCUACUCCCUCCCCCCUGGGGAAGGAGAAAAGAGAAAACGGCUCUGGUCUCCCACCUCUGGUCUCCCACGGGGCCCACGUCCUCCCUCUGAACUCUCUCCUGGCCCCUGGCCUGGGCCCAGUUCCCAGGACCACAGCCAGCGGAGCCCUUCAUGUGUCAUGUUCUAGUGCCUUAUCUGAGGUUGCCGCCCCUGGGCUCCACCCCAGGGGAAACAGCCUCCCUCCCUCGGAGCCCCUUGGCCUCCUGGGUGAAGCCCCUAAGUGUCCUGACUGGAACACAGGCCAUGCCCUCUGCUCCCAGUGCCUGCAGCUCCUGCCACCAUACAUCAGCCAAGGGGCUGUGGCCUCUGGGUCAGCAGCUCAGAGGCCAGAGGUCUGAGGCCGCCAUCCAGCCUCAGCCCCUCUGGGGGAAUCAGGACCACAUUUGUAGCUCGACAGUCUCCUCUUCUUUGGGGAAUGCUUUUAGCUAUGGGAGGCUGGCUGUGAGGGUCUGGCCCAUGGUUUCAGGGGACCAGGAAGGUCACUGUCCCCCUGAGCCCAGAGCUUCCCCCCAGUGGCAGCCUCAGGGGCUCCACGAGGUGGAGUUCAAGCAGCCACCACUCGGUCCUCCAGGGAAGCACCUGCGGCCGAGGUGGGAGCAGCACGUUCCCACCACGGCUCUCUCAUCUCCCAGCAACCCAGACCACCUGGCCAAGCUUCCCCUCCCCCAGUGCACCCCUCUACCCCAGGAAGCCAGAAUCCUCCUUGCCCAGUGGAGCAGACAGCUCUGUUGCUCUCCUGCCCACCUCAGACAGGUUCCAGGGCUGGGUCAAGGUUGUUUGAAGUGAGUCCCCAUUGAGGCCUCUGGUCCAAACAACAGACCUGUUGGCUCCCUGGAGGAAGGUAGGACAGGAGCCAGAGAAGGAGCUGGAGCUGGGAGCUGGCCACAUGCGCCUUGCCACACAGAGGGAGGCCUUUCCCAGUCCCGAAGCCUCCCUGCGCCUCCUCUCCUCCCACCACCCUCUGGCCUUCCUGCCUUCCCCAUGGACGGUCACCGUCCUCAAGUGUCAGUGCCAUGGGCAAUCUGACCCCCAGCCAGAAGCAAGAGACCUAGGAGUGGGGGUCCAACCGGAGGCCCUGCGGGACGGCACUCAUUGUUUCAGGGUUUGCUCAGGGCAGGGGGUGGGAGGCUCAGCCCCAGCAGUGAUGGAAGCAGAUGAAGCACCCCCAUUUCCACCGCCUACCCUCCCGAGCUUUGAAAAAGUCUGAGGUGCAUGGGGCUGGCUGCUCUGCAGGUACAUGGACAUGAGGUUUGGAGCUGGGAAUCUAUUUUUUGUAUCAUUAUGUUUUGUGCUACUGUAGAUUGGUGUGGCACUAUUGUAAUUGAAAUAAAGUACUUGUACCUAGGA